GUCAGCUUGUGAAGUUAUAUUUGUGUAAGGCCAGUCUCGGCGCUGUCACUUUGUGUAUGCGCGCCGUCUCCCUCUCCGUGUUUACAUUUGCACAAGCACUCCCUGUUGCACAUUCGCACUCUCUUUCUCUGCAGUGAAUGUCGGCCGCAGUCUCGGGCUGCUCGAUAAAUAGGCGGCUUUGUAUAAACACCAUUUGGACGGCAGUGAGGGAAGUCUCGCAGUACAGUAUGUCUCUCGGGGCCAUGAGGUCUCCAGCAGUGUGGCAGCUGUCCCCACACACUGUAGGCCUCGCUGUGAUUUAGCUGCAUCCCCUUCUUCCUCUGCCUCGGACUUCAUCCUUUCGCCGUCUUCAUCAGCAGUCCCUACCCGGGGUGUCUCUAUGUUUAGGCGAUCAGGGUGUCUGUCUUAUUGUGCCCGUCUUUCCAAAGUAAAUCUCUGUCUCUCUCUUAUGAACACGCCUGUCUGGGCUGCUCCCUCCCCCUCUCUGUCUCUCUCCACCCUGCAGUCACAUCCUGCAGUCUCUGUGUCUCUCCUGCUGCUGUCUCCGGGGUCUGUUCCUGCUGAUAUUUGGAGGUGCUGUAUGUGACCUGUCUCCCGCAGAGGGGGGCCCGAAGCCUGUGCGGACCCUUUCCUAAAAGAGACCCCCCCCCAAAAGCCGCCCCCGCCAGCUGUGUGUCUGCCCCGGGCCCCGCAAAGCUGUGCCCAGGCCCAUGCUGACUGUCUGUGGAUCUCACUGCCUGGCUGUCUCCCCCAGUUGUGUGUCCUCCGCUCCCAGGCCUGAUUGAUCUGUCUCUGGAUUGCCGCUCCUAGCUGCCCGUGGGAUCUGUCUCCGGCUGUCUCUUGACCGCUCAUGUCGUACCACAGAGCUGAUUAGACUACUCGUCUCUCCCACUCUCUGGAUGUCUCUUCCUGCUGUCAGGAGGCCUGAGAUCUCCGGGGACCGAGAAGCUGGUGUCCCCCCUCUGACAAAGAACCGCCUGCACUUCUUCUGAUGGGACACGGAGUGCCGCCAUGUCCGAGGUGGGGGGUGGCGGCGGGCGCCGCCGCCUGGUGGAUGAAGACUUCACGCUGCAGGUAUAUCCUGGUAGCAUCUCACAUGAUGUCAUCUACUGCCCAGUUCCCGCCCGAUGGCACACAACAGCUGCUGAUGUCAUCGACGCCCUCAUUGCGGCACUGCGCUUGGAUCGGGCCAAGUUCUACGUGCUGGCGGAGGUGAAAGAGUUCGGUGGAGAGGAAUGGAUCCUUAACCCUACUGACUGCCCUGUUCAACGCAUGAUGCUGUGGCCUAGACUUGCGUUAGAGGCUCGUGGGUCUGGAGAGGACUACAGAUUCCUCCUGAGGGAGAAGAAUAUUGAUGGCUCUAUCCACUAUGGGAGCCUCCACUCCUGGUUGAAAGUGACGGAGGAGCGCAGGCGCAUGGUAGAAAGAGGUUUCUUUCCCCAGCAACAGGGACCCGAGUGUGAAGACCUGUGUGGGCUACCAGAUCUUAGUGAGAGGGCUUUGCUGGAGACGCUUAAAACACGUUUUCGCCAAGAGAAAAUCUAUACCUAUGUGGGGACCAUUCUGGUUGCAGUUAAUCCAUUCCGUUUUUUGCCCAUUUACAAUCCCAAGUAUGUGAAGAUGUAUGAUAACCGAAGAUUAGGGGAACGAGAGCCUCACAUCUAUGCAGUGGCAGAUGCUGCCUACCACACAAUGCUUAGGCGUCAGCGUAAUCAGUGCAUUGUCAUCUCUGGAGAGACUGGCUCUGGCAAGACCCAAAGUACCAAUUUCCUCAUCCACCAUCUGACGGCACUGAGUCAAAAAGGAUAUGCCAGUGGAGUAGAGCAGAUCAUACUAGGGGCUGGCCCAGUGCUUGAGGCUUUUGGAAAUGCCAAGACUUCACAAAACAACAAUUCCAGCCGCUUUGGAAAGUUCAUCCAAGUCAACUAUCAUGAAACAGGGACUGUGCGCGGAGCUUAUGUUGAGAAAUACCUUUUGGAAAAGUCAAGGCUGGUUUAUCAGGAGCAGCUAGAGAGGAAUUACCAUGUCUUCUACUAUCUGCUGGCUGGAGCCAGCGAGGAGGAAAAGUCAGAAUUUCACCUAGAGCGUCCUGAAAACUAUCACUACUUGAACCAGAGAAUACGGAAGCCACGUAGGCAGAGCUGGGGAGAAAGUGAUUGUGAAGAUGAAAUUGACUCCUUGGGAGGGGAAGGUGAGGAUCUGAGACAUGAUUUUGAACGUUUGCAGUUGGCAAUGGAAAUGGUCGGGUUUCUGGCAGCCACACGAAAACAGAUUGUGUCUCUCCUGUCUGCGAUCCUUCACCUUGGAAACAUCCAGUACAAAAGAAAGACCUAUCGUGAUGAAUCCAUUGAUAUUUCAAACCCUGAGGCGCUGAGCAUAGUCUCCGAGCUGUUGAAGGUGCGAGAGGAGAUGCUUCUGGAUGCUCUAAUUACCAGGAAGACUGUCACUGUUGGAGAAAAACUUAUCCUGCCAUAUCGGCUGCCGGAGGCCAUCACCGUCAGGGACUCUCUUGCAAAGUCUCUUUACAGUGCUUUAUUCGAUUGGAUUGUCUUCCGAAUCAACCAUGCUUUGCUUAACAUCAACAGCAAGAGCAUAGAAGAUGGAAGUCAGACUCUCUCCAUCGGGGUUCUGGAUAUUUUUGGGUUUGAGGAUUACGGCAGUAACAGCUUCGAACAGUUCUGUAUAAAUUAUGCCAACGAACGACUGCAGCAUUAUUUCAACCAGCACCUCUUCCAGCUGGAGCAGGAGCUAUAUCGAUCGGAGGGGAUCAGCUGGAGCAAUAUCACCUACUCGGAUAAUGUAGGCUGCAUCAAUCUAAUCAGUAAGAGACCGACAGGCCUGAUCCAACUACUAGAUGAGGAGAGCAAUUUCCCACAGGCAACUCAUCAAACUCUGCUGGAAAAAUUUAAGCGCAAUCAUGAAGGCAACACUUACAUUGAAUUCCCAGCAGUAAUGGAGCCAGCCUUCAUCAUCCAGCAUUAUGCCGGCAAGGUCAAAUACGGGGUUAAGGAUUUCCGGGAGAAGAACACAGAUCACAUGCGUCCAGACAUAGUGGCCUUACUGCGUAGCAGCCGAAAUGCCUUUAUUCGUGGGAUGAUUGCCAUCAGUCCAGUGGCUGCUUUCCGAUGGGCCCUGCUGAGAGCUGUCUUCCGAGCAUUGUGGGCAUUUAAGCAGAAUGGGAAGAACAGCGGGGGCAAGAAGACAGGCUCGGGCUCCCCCUGUACACCGGGGCCCCCCGGCUCAGCUCACAAAGGCCUUUCUAGCUUUAGCUUUCUGCAGCACCCCGUCCACCAAAGGAGCUUACAGAUCCUGCAGAGGUGUCAGAACGACCAAUACAAUAUUCCUCGUCGCACUCCACGUACCCCCCUCUCUGAUCUUCAAGGAGCAAACACCAUCCAGGAAAGAAGCCCUUGGGAGCCAAAUUGGGCUACAAGAAGGCAAAGUCGUCUCUCAUCAUCCCCUUCUUACCUGGAGGGUGGUGGCAUCUUUAUUAAUUCUCCUGGUUCUACCCUAAAUAGCACCAGUGACAGCAAGCUCCUGGAGAGAGCACAUGGCAUCCUCAUGAGAAACAAGAACACCAAAUCAAAACCUACCCUUCCUAAGCACCUGUUGGAUGUGAAGUCUUUGAAACAUCUCUCUAAUUUGACUCUGCAUGAUCGGAUCACAAAGUCCUUGCUGCACUUACAUAAGAAAAAGAAGCCACCUAGUAUCAGUGCCCAGUUUCAGGCAUCUUUAAACAAACUGAUGGAGACACUGGGUCAGGCAGAACCAUAUUUUGUGAAAUGUAUUCGUUCCAAUGCAGAGAAGGUGCCUUUGCGCUUUAAUGAUGCACUGGUGCUUAGACAACUUCGUUACACAGGGAUGAUGGAAACCGUCCGUAUUCGCCAGUCGGGCUACAGCUGGAAAUGCUCUUUCCAGGAUUUUGUAAAUCAGUUCUCAGUAUUGUUGCCGAAAGAUACUGCUCCCAUCAGACAAAGCAUUCAAGAGUUCUUCUGGCGGAUUGGGCAUAGUCCUGAUCAAUACCAAGUCGGAAGAACUAUGGUCUUUCUGAAGGAACAGGAGCGCCAGUGUCUACGGGACAUGCUACAUAACACUGUCCUCCAGCGCAUCAUUCUCCUUCAACGCUGGAUAAGAGCAAGGCUCCAGCAGAAGAGGUUCUUGCAGCUUAGAGAUGCAGCAAUCACAAUCCAGAGAUGCUGGAGACAUUACAAAAGGCGCUGGAGUGAGGAGGAAACUCUAAUUAAAGCAGACAGUAUUUUCAAUGCUGCUGUCAUUAUUCAGGCGUGGUGGAGAUGUCACAGGGCACAGCGUACGUAUCUACAGAUGAAGACCUCGGCUAUCACCAUACAGAGCUACUGGCGCGAAUAUUGGUUAGAAAGGCAAAGAGCUGCUAUUUGCAUCCAGUCUGCAUGGAAGGGGUAUGUUCAAAGGAGCCUGUACAAACAUCAGCGGAAGCACAUUAUUGCUUUGCAAGCGGCUUGCAGAGGUUACAUGGCCAGACGCAGGUUUCCCUCGUUGAAAAAAAUCAGCUUUGACUGUUUCCUGAGCAAGCAGGAUGGCGGAGACUCAAGACUUCCUUCUCAGUCUCCUGAUGUUGAACUAAGUCAGUGGGAGGAAGUUACUUAUGAGAUGAUGACCAACCAGCACCCCAGGGACCCAAUUACUAAUGAGGAGGUUCAGGCUAUUGGGGAGAUUCCUGCAGAAGUGCGUAUUAGAGAGAGACCAAAAUCCCUGGAGAACCCCAAUCAAAGGAAAGUUGUCCGAGCCAAGAGAGAGAGCCGUCGCAUGAGGGAGCUGGAGCAAGCACAGUUCAGCCUUGAGUUACUGAAAGUGCGUAGCGGAGGUGUAUCCCCUUCAGAAGAACGUCGUUGGUCAGCAGAGAUUAUCCUGGACCGGUUACCAGACACUCCGGAAAGUGAGGGAUCGCUAGGCAGUCUGGAGCUUAUCAGCUGUGAUGAAAAUCAACAUUUCUCUGAGAAGUCUUUGGCUGAGUCAGUUUCCAGGGUUAAAAGCUCUGCUAGUGGAUGCGAGGACUCUUCAAACUCUGUUCUUCCAGCUUUUACCUCUGGACCAGUUAACACUCCAAUGGAUGUCCGCUCAUGCUCUCCCACAAAAGGUCUAUCCUCCACUCCUAUUCAAAAUACUGACAGCACUACCGGUAUAAUACACUCCUAUGGUGAACCUUUAAGCACUCCCAUCUCCACAUCAAUGAGAUCUCCCUCCUAUGAAUCAUUGACUCCAAAUAUUUAUGACCCUGUCAUUUCACACUCCGAAAAUAAACCAGAUUCUCCAUCUCCAGGGCCAGUCAACUCUCAUCCUAAUGGCAUUCUUAAUCACCCAUCACAAGGAUCCUCAGAGUACCCUAGUACUGUGAAUGUGUCAUCCAAUGGACCAGUGAGUUCCCCUAGUAAAGUUGCUUCACCAGAUCAUGCCAUUCAGGAUUUAACUAGCCCCCAAGAUCCCCCUUCACCAGGUCAAUCACCUUUUCAGAAAAACUCUACUUCCCAUCACCCUCCAUCUCCAGCUUCUAGUGCUGUAGACAUUUCAUGGGGUACAUCUAACAGCUGGAGGCAAAAACCUCCUGGACUUGAGAUGUCAGAAAGUGCCCCUGCUAAAACAUCCGUCCCCAUGCCAUAUAGAACUCACCUUCGUGAACCCAUUCUUUCCAGCAGCCUACCUACCUUCUAUGUCCCAAACCAAGAGACAUUACGGGGUCAAGAGAAUAACGAGCCAGGUGAAAUACACACAGACUCCGUCCUGCAUCGACUUCAGAAACUUAAUGAGGAGAAGGAGGAACUGCAGAAGCAGUUGCAGCAAAAGAAAGAGCGACAAAUGAUGGAACAAAUCCGCAAAGAGAAACAGGAGUUAGAAAGACAACGUAGACUACAAGGACUUACAGGGGACUCCGAACACCAAGACAUCACUGCAAGAACUUCCAAGAAACCAUCUGAACGGCCACAGUCUCUUCUUCUACAAAGUCCACACUUGAAAGGUCCCUCUAAGUCCACAAUGGAGAUAAAAGGAUUGACUAUUGGAGGAAUGGGUGGCUCAAUUUCACACAGUGAACGCCCAGUUAGUAUGUUUGUAGAACAGAGCGUAGUACGGGAAACAUCCAAAGGGAAUGGUGUGGGUGAGGUGAAUGAUGCAACUAGAAGACCUUGGCUACACAGCAGUGGAAACUCCAGCAUGUUUUUUAAUCCCAAGAGAAAUGUUCGCAUUGACUCUGAUGGUUCUUCAUUCCAGCCACAACGUGGUGUACGUGUUGAGCCUGCAAAGAGACUGGAUGCAACUGAGCCAACAGGAGUGAGCGAGGCCCCAUACAGAAGGAAGGCGCGCAUGGCACGAACUCGUUCUGAUUUCAUGACUAGAGGAGCUCUUGGGGGGGGGGACUCUGAGGAGGACUCUGAUGAACAGGUGUAUCGGACCCUCCCCUGUGAUCCUGCUGAGGAGGCAGGCAGACUGAGCCAAGCUUGUCACAGCGACUCGGAAAUGAUGUUGCAGAAGGUGCCAGGUGUAGAACGGCCUAGCAAACUCCAGAAAGCAGUGUCUCAGGGGGAGAUGUCUCGGGUUCUACUCUCCCAAAGGGUUUCAGAGCAAGACGCCAGGCCUCAGAGGGGAAAGAUUCGCUUCUGGGGGAAGAUGAAGGCAGCGGAGAAAUUGACACCUCAGUCAGAAGUUGUAGAAAUGGAGUCUUCAGGGAGAGAAGGAAGCACUAUCCAUUACAGUGAUGUGGAUACAGGACUGUGGCUGGUGCCUCAUAGCCCAGACCUUAGUCGAGGACGUGAGAAGGAGAACAAGGACCCGUCUCCCAAAGUACAGCGCAGACGGAGUGUGAAGAUCAGCACUGCAGCCUUGGAACCUGCUCAGUGGCAGGACGAGCGUGCUCAAAUAAUUUGCAGUGCCAAUGACCUGAAGUGUAUGGAUGAGUUUCUACAGAAGAAGAUAGGUGAUCUGGACUCAGAGGAUGGAAAGAAGGAUUCCAUGGUUGAUGUUUUGUUCAAACGAGCAAUGAAGGAAUUCCGUCAGAACAUUUUCAGCCUCUACUCAACAUCACUUGCGGGUGAAGAUGGGAAGAGUAUCCGUUACAAGGACUUAGGGUCAUUGUUUGAACAGAUUCUGGAAAAGACCACUAGGCAACAGCAGCUUCGAAAUUGGAGUGAAUCACCAGUUCAAGUUUGGAUCAACACUUUCAAGGUUUUCCUUGAUGAGUUUGUCACAGAGUAUAAACCUCUCAAUUACACACCAGGAAAGAGCCAAAAGCCGGAGCGGAAGAAGAGGAGAAAAAAGGAGUCUGAUAUUGUAGAGGAGCACAAUGGUCACAUAUUUAAAGCUACUCAGUACAACAUCCCUACAUACUGUGAAUUCUGUUCCUCCCUCAUCUGGAUAAUGGACCGAGCGGCUGUUUGUAAAUUGUGUAGAUUUGCCUGUCACAAGAAAUGUUGCUCCCAGAUCAACACAACAUGCAGCAAGAAGUACGACACAGAGUUAUCAUCCCGUCACUUUGGAGUGGAGUUGUCUCGUCUCACUAACGAGGAGCGGACGGUUCCUGUGCUGCUGGAGAAACUCAUUAAUUACAUUGAGAUGCAUGGGCUCUACACUGAGGGCAUUUAUAGGAAACCUGGCUCCACAAACAAGAUCCGUGAGCUGCGACAGAGUCUGGACACAGAUAUUGACAAUGUGAAUCUGGAUGACUACAACAUUCAUGUGAUUGCCAGUGUGUUCAAACAGUGGCUGCGAGAGCUUCCCAACCCACUGAUGACUUUUGAACUUUAUGAAGAAUUUCUCAGAUCUAUGGGUUUGGGUGAAAAAAGAGAAACCGUGCGGGGAGUUUAUUCAGUAAUAGAUCAGCUGUCUCGGACGCACAUUAGCACCUUGGAAAGGCUCAUCUUCCACCUUGUCAGGAUCGCCCAGCAGGAAGAAACCAAUCGCAUGUCUGCCAAUGCGCUGGCCAUAGUAUUUGCUCCGUGUAUUCUCCGGUGCCCAGAUACCACAGAUCCUCUGCAGAGUGUGCAGGACAUAAGCAAGACCACUGCUUGUGUUGAAUUAAUUGUACUGGAGCAGAUGAAUAAAUAUAAAGCCCGUCUGAAGGACAUCAACAGCCUGGAGUUUGCAGAGAACCGAGCCAAAAGUCGGCUUUCUCUGAUCCGUAGGUCAAUGAAACCCGUACUAAUUGCUGUUAGAUUUAUGAGCAUAAGUCGCAGCUCUCUGCCGGGGAAGGGACGUUUGCGCUCAAGCUUGAGCCCAGUGAUUUCUGGCCUUUCCACCGUGGCCCCUGAUGCGGGUGCUGAUCACGUGUUAUCAAACAUUCCUUCGGAAGAGGAGUCUACAGAGCAGAAGGAAGCAGCCAUGCAACAAGAGGAGAGAGUUUUGGCCCAGCAGAUUGAGACUCUGCAGAAGGAGAAGGAGGAGCUGGCCUAUGAAAUGCUGGCAUUGGAGCCCCGCGCAUCAGAUGAUGAGACCCUGGAAUCGGAGGCAUCUCUUGGAACUGCAGACAGCUCAGAAAAUCUGAACUGCGACUCCGAGGGUGCUGUGUCAAUUCGAUCUGAGAGAAGCUUUGCUUUAAGCUCUGCCCGAGGAUCACGAUCUGAGCUUACAAGAACAAGGAAACAAGUCAAAAGGGAAGGGGAGAGCACAGACAGUGGAGACCGCAAUCUUUCCUCUCCCAUCGCCUCAUCUUGCCUUCCCCAUCUGGGCCGUAAGAGGUUCCACCUGCAUCCAAAACCCCCUUUCUAUCGAGCGACAGGAGAGAGCCGAGACCAAUCAACCACUGACUACCAGGACCCAGGAGCUCCUGUGCACUUCACCACCAGGGGGACCUUCAACCCUGAGAAAGGACGUCAAAAACUCAAGAAUGUCAAACAAUCUCCUCAGAAACCAAGGGACCCACCAGAGGGUGGAGAUCAAAGGAUUCUGGGAUCAGAUGGCAGCUCACAGUCUCUUGUGCUAUUUGGGAGCAAUGAAUUCAUGGUGUGAAGGAUGUACACUCUGUUUUUUUGUUACUUGUUGGAAAUCCUGUAUCUGCCAAAUUCCACAAAAUCUUCUCGCCAAAACCCCAUAGCUUCAGCCUUGUGGCUCCUGGAGAGCCAGGAGUUACAGAUGGCUAGGCAUGUUCUGCCAGCCCACACCAUGGACCAUGAGGGGCCACGUUUAACAAAAGCCUUAUCCAGCUGACUCCACAGCUUGUGGAAUAUCCGUCACAGGACUUCAUAACCAAUCCUCUCCUAAAAUACUGAUCUUGCAAAAGAGAGGUUUUUAUUAUAAAUAUUAUUAUAUUAAUAUUAUUAAUUUUAUUGGUGGUUUCUAAGCCUCAUUAUAAAUAAACCGUUCCUGUUAAUUUAAAGCAGCAUCUGCACUGUGGUCACAAUAAAGCUUUGGAAGGAUGGGGCCUCCCAAAAUGCAUGGCUUAUCCUACCUAUGGGAGACAGCCUCCCAUUUACCCUCUGUCUGCCCGCUACAUAUGAAUACUUAAGACAUCUGUGAACAUUUACAUGAAUCCCAAUAGAACUUUUGACCAUUUGUGUCAAACA